CUGUAGGCUGAGAAACAUACUCAAGACAAAGGACACGGGCUUUCUGUAUAUGGAAAGACUUAGGCCACCAUUAAAUAACGUGUUUCUGUUGUUGUCGUUGUUGUUGUCGUUGUUUUUUUAAGAAACCUUGGAUUGCGUGGAGGAUUAGUUUGCGAAACCUUAUUGGGGUUGUUCGAACUCGCUAAUAAACUGCAGUUCAAAUUGACAAGAAACUCAGAGGAAUAAAUGCAGUAAAUUGUAUUUCUCUCAUGCUGCACUGUGUUACGUUUCUCAUAACCAGGAGAGAGUUUCUCCGCAAACAAAACGUGUUUAUUUCUUUGCUUUUUUCUUUUUAUCUAUUUCAGGUAGCAGACCAACAGGCAGCAGUGUUUGGACAGUGUUGUUUUGAUGUCGGGGAUGUUAACUGUACCAUGGGCACCGGCUCAUUUAUUGAUAUCAAUACUGGCUCAUAUCCGCAUGCUUCUGUAGCAGGGCUGUAUCCAAUUGUUGGAUGGAAGAUAGGAGGAGAGACUGUCUACCUGGCAGAAGGUAACGCGGCAGGCUGCGGAACAGCUAUGGAAUGGGCGCACAAAAUGGGUUAUUUUGAUGAUGUGUCACAGACAAGCGACAUAGCGUUUUCUGUAGAAAACUCCGACGGGGUUUAUUUUGUUCCUGCUUUCAAUGGAUUACAGGCUCCUAUUAAUGACAACAAAGCUUGUGUUUCGCUGAUGGGCAUAAAAUCCACCACAAACAAGGCCCAUAUCACGAGGGCUAUUCUGGAAUCCAUAGCCUUUAGGUUUACGCAGCUGUAUGAAACCGUGGUAGAAGAAACUCAUAUCCCACUCAUGUCUUCAAUCAAGUAAGUCUUAAAAUGUAACAUCCACAAAUCGAGUGUUUUUACCCUUUAAAAUACAUUGAAAAGACAACACUUACAUCUUAAAACAAAAGAGAGAGGUGAGCAAGAAGUUGUUGAUCUCGUUAGUGUCCUCGAGCGCUACUUUUGUGAGAUACAGUUCAAGUUUUCUGGCAUCGAUUGGUAAACAAUGUGUUUUUCAAGUUGACUUCGCUCUGUUGCGAGUGUUUACCAGUCGCAAGGAAUGAUCAUAACCAUGACUUCAGUUGUAUUCUAAUUGCAACGUACCCUGCCAGACCAUACGGACUUGAUUAUUUAUUGCAUUCACUUAAUUAUUCGUUGUAUCACGUGGCAAGUUAUACUGC